AUGUCAUUCUCCAUGCUUCCUGCCGAGCUCCGAGCCAUCAUCUGGGAGUUUGCAAUUCUCAAACCAAGGUCACACAUCGUCAAAUCUAACCAGAUGAUGAAAAAGAACAAGAUUCCGGUCCUCUUUCAGAUAAAUCACGAAUCCCGCGAGUUUGCUUUGAAAUAUAUGCCACUUCUUUUCGAUGGUACUAAUCUUGCUGGCUGUGAUGAUUUACAUUUCAAUUAUUUCAAUCCAAAGAUCGAUACGCUCUGUCUUUAUGACAUGGAUGAAAACAUCGCUUUCUUCAUGGGCCCUCGUUAUCACCCAGAGACAUGA